AUGCAUAUGGAUUGUAUGAGUGCAUUCUAUCACGAGGAGCCGUUGAUGUUUAUUAAGGACCUAGUUGGCUCGGGCAACUUCUGUAAAGUAUACAAAGGAUUGUACGAACGAGAAGAAAACGACGUGAUUCAGGUGGCAAUCAAGAUCUGUCACGGGGCAUCAAUCGAUACAAUGACAGAGGAAGCGAAAAAGGCCAGAGAAUCCAUGAUGCACGAGGCCCAUCUGAUGAGUUACUACGUUCAUAAGCACGUUAUUCAACUGUAUGGCGUCGCCUGUGACCAUUAUCCAGUGAUGAUAGUGAUGGAGUUCUGUCCUGGUGGCAAUUUGCAAGAUCACCUUCAGAAGUAUACCUCGCAAAUAGAAGUUGGCGAAUUAAUUUGUUAUGCAUCAGAGACAUCACGAGGAAUGCGGUACCUUCACUCGAAAUCGUGUGUUCACCGGGAUUUAGCCGCCAGAAAUUGCCUCAUCUCAGAGACUGGUCAAAUCAAAAUCUCGGAUUUUGGACUAUCAAAAAUCGCUGAAGAAUUGGGAGGAAAAGGUGGAGAAAGUGAAGGCGAACCACCAUUGGAGCAAAUUCCGUUACGAUGGAUGGCUCCGGAGUGCCUGAGACGACCACAGCUAUGGUCAUUGAAAAGCGAUAUUUGGAGCUAUGGGGUGGUAGGUUUUUGCAUGAGAGCGCUCGCACUGACAAGAUUACCAUCAUUUUUACAGCUUCUCUACGAAAUAUUCAAUGAAGGUCAGAAGCCGUGGCCGAAUGAUCCACCAAAAAAGAUCGCAACUCUCAUAAGGAAAGGAAAAAUGCUAGAAUUUCCGGCUAAAACUCCACAAGCUAUCAAGGAUAUGGUGGCGAAGAUUUGGUCACUGAAUCCUGACCAACGACCGACAAUGGAUGAGAUUGCUAAGAAAAUCACUGUCCUUCGGCGAGAAAUCAAGUUGACGGAUCCGUCCAAGGCAAUAAUCAAACAGACGGUCUCGGUAAGCAAGUCGAGGAGUGAAACCAAUGCGGAUGACGAUGAUGAAUCGUUGAGAAGUAAAGCGACCAAAUCGGUGAGCAGAGAUUAG